AUGCCAAACCAACAACUUUAUGAACCCAUAGGACCAGAGGCUAUACGUUUACUCUUGAUUGCGCCGGGUUUUGCGUCUGAGACAAUCAAUUGUACCUUUAUCGUCGUCGAGGAUAGGAAUAAUGCGCCAGAGUAUGAUGCGAUCUCUUAUGUAUGGGGCACCGAAGUAUCCGACGAGCCCAUCAUGUGCAAUGGACAUGGGGUGACAGUCGCAAAAAACUUGAUCAAGGCGAUGAGAUAUCUUCGUCCUCUCCCGAACUGGGAUUCGGUUAUUACUUGGCCAAAAGACCAUCAACUCCACUCGAGUCGCAAUGCCUGGGGCUCGUUCGCUACCAAUCGGCAAGAAGAACAAGAGCAUUCUGUCUCCCAGCAAGAAAGGCCUAUUUGGAUUGAUGCUCUUUGUAUCAAUCAAGAGGACAUGGCUGAGAAGGAGAACCAGGUCAAGCGGAUGCACGAGAUCUAUGCAGACGCUGUUACGGUUAAGAUAUGGCUGGGAGAGGCAAACGACACCUAUAGGGCUGACUCCACACGUCUGAGGGCAUUAAGACCGAAGGGGUUACCCGCGCUAACACAUCAAGUUCACAUUGGACAGUACGGGAAAACGCCGGUCGUCCUCGCAUUUAUCGCCCAAGCAUUGAGAAAUGUUGAUGCCGGUAGAGAUUACCUUACGGUAUCGAGAGCAGAUACGGACACAGCAUACCGAAAUCUCGUACAUGGUUUUCCCAGCUCGGACGCUCCUGAAUGGCAAGUCCUCCACGAUUUUUUUGUUAAUCCGUGGUUCGAGCGCAUAUGGGUUGUCCAAGAAGUCGUCCACGCCAAGCGAGCUGUCGCUAUUCUAGGGGACUGGCAGAUCGAGUGGGAGGCUUUAGGGAAAGCUGCAACAUGGUUCCAGGCGCACGGCUUCGCCUUACCCGCUGACAUCCAGUUUCACGGAGAUAAGAGAGAUCUUCUGCCAGUUUCUAAGGUUGCCGCGAUAUGGUCCAUGACGGGAAAUAGACGCCCCUUACUUCGAAUGCUGCGGGAGCUUCGAGGACGAAAAGCGACGCUCAAAGUGGAUAAGGUAUACGCGGCCUAUAGCUUGGCAGAAGAGACUGUCUAUAUUCGUGACAAUAAUCAGAAAUUUGAUCCGUUGAUCGAGCCAACGUACGAUCCAAAGCGAGUUGACGAGGUGUAUCCGAAUGUAAUACGCUUCCUAAUAAUAUAUCAUGGGAAUCUCGCAGCACUAUCUCACGCAGGCGGAAUCCAAGGCGUGAAAAUAUCCGGUUGUCCAUCAUGGGUGCCAGACUGGAAUCAACCGAAAAUAUCUACUGAAUUGGUCAACGAUAACCGAAACGAGUCGCCUUAUAACGCCAAUGGCGAUGAGUUUCUAUCAAUGGGAGCCUCUAUAGACCCAUCAUGUCUUUCUGUGGAGGGGAUCAGGGUUUCCGGUGGCUUAAUAAGAGCGUAUGGGGACAAACUUAUUAGCUAUGGGUUCCGGCAUACAUCAUACAAAGAAGAGCAUGAUUUUGUAAAAUCGGCGUGGAACCUGGUGGCACACCUGGCCAGUGGUAGUACGUCAGGAGACGAUAAUCUGGAAAUGUACCAGCCCGAAAACAUACCUCAUACUUUCGUCUCAACGCUUAGCGCAGGUCUCAGCGAGACAAAGCAGCCUAUCGACGAGGAUCCAAAAUUUCUUGACGACGCGGCAGACUGGUUGAUUCAACAGUUCGGAGGCCAGAUCCCGGUCUCGGGCAUUGGCAAAAAAUGGAGAUUGCCAACUGCCAUUUGGAACUAUUCAAGUUCAGGCCGGUUCCGUGAGGCUUUCACACGGGCUUGUUUGCAUAGACGAUUUUUCGUCACAGCAGGGAGUUUAAUGGGAAUAGGCCCUGAAACGAUGGAAAGGAGUGAUAUAAUAGUUAUUUUAUUCGGCGGGAAGGUCCCGUAUGUGGUAAGGGAGCUCGGCGAGGGCAAGUAUUCGUUCAUCGGGGAGUGUUACGUGCCGGGCUUGAUGACCGGGGAAGCAGUCGAGCAGUGGAAGAAGAGUACGCGCAGGGCGGAAUUCUUCAACCUCGUGUAG